AUGUCCCGCUCGCGUCCCACCAACACCUCGCUGUUAGAGCUGCACCUGACGGGCAUCCCGGGGCUGCAGCACCUGCACCGCUGGAUCUCCAUCCCCUUCUGCAUCAUGUACCUCCUCACGCUGGCUGGGAACAGCACCCUCCUGUGCGUGAUAAAGGCUGAUCCCAGCCUCCACCUGCCCGUGUUCCUCUUCCUCUCCAUGCUGGCUGUCAUUGACCUGGUGAUGUCCACCUCCAUCACCCCCAAAAUGCUGGACAUCUUCUGGUUUCACUCCACUGCCAUCAGCCUGGAUGCUUGUCUUACCCAGAUGUACUUCGUUCAUGCUUUCUCCGUCAUGGAGUCAGGGGUGCUGGUGGCGAUGGCCUUCGACCGCUACAUGGCCAUUUGCAACCCACUGCGGUACUUGUCCAUCCUCACCAGCCCUGCGGUGGCUGCCAUCGGCUUGGCCACUUUGCUCAGGGCCGUGGUGUUCAUGAGCCCCCUCACCUUCCAGAUCCGCCGCCUGCCUCUCUGCACCCCAGCGGUCGUGGACCACUCAUACUGCGAGCACAUGGCCGUGCUCAAACUGGCUUGUGGCGACGCCACCUUCAGCAACACCUACAGCCUCUCUGUCUCCACCUACGUGGGCAGCCUCGACUUGCUGCUCUCGUACGCGCUCAUCCUCUGAGCCGUGCUCGGCCUCUCCUCCACGCAAGCCCGCAGAAAAGCCUUCAGCACCUGCGGCUUCCACCUCUGCGUCAUGGCCCUCUUCUACAUCCCCGGGCUGCUCUCCAUGUACAUGGAAAGGUACCACCAGGACCUCCCACCCAACGUCCAGGUCCUGUUGGCUGAUAUCUACCUCCUCAUCCCACCGGCGUUCAACCCCCUCAUCUACGGCAUCAGGAUGAAGCAGAUUCGUGACGGAGCACGCAAAGUGAUCUCCCGGAGGAGAUCCACAGCAGGAGGGGUUGGGGCUGGCCUUCAGGGCACAGGGCUGGGACUCGUGAAGACCAAGUCUGUUCCCGAGAAUGGCCAAAACCUCUGCUGGACCUCGGUGAAGUUGUCCCAGUAG